AAACUUACUAAGGUCCAAAUCAUUUCACUGUUUUAAAAAGUAGCUUGGUUUUAAAGUCCGGGUCGCCGUGACUUUUUAACGGCUCGGAUGUUAAAAAGCGGUUGACUAUUCAACCGCCCUUACCAUUCCCCAAUGAUGCUUUAUGGAAUAGUGUCGGCGACUCCUUUUCUCGGAGCAAGAGUGUUCGUUCAGAACUAUACAUACUGCCACUACCCAAAGGAUGUGGCCCACCUUUAUUUGUUAAAUUUAUAAUAAAACCCCUCUUUUCUGUCACCUCUCCCUCUUCGAAGGAACAAGCAGAAGUCAUUGCUCAUAGCCACAGCUAAACGAGGCAAUCAACCGAAGAAAACAAACAAAACAAAACAAUGCAAGGGACGAUCGUCCUCUACCCAUCGCCAGGGUUGGGCCAUGUGCUGUCAAUGAUAGAGCUAGGCAAACUCUUCCUUCAACAUUGCAACAACCAAUUUUCCGUCACCAUCCUGCUUACUACUGGCUUUUGGGACUCUCCAAGCAUCAUUUCUUACAUCAAUGCUGUCUCCCAAGCCUACACAUCUAUCUCCUUCCUCCGCUUCCCAUCCAUCUCGGUCGACAUGUCUCAAAACUGCAGCACUGCCGCAAUUGCCUUCCAGUUCAUCCGCCUCCAUGCCCCAAACGCACUCCAUUCUCUUCAAGAAAUCUCCAAAAAUCAAAACAUCACUGCUUUUGUUAUAGAUCUUUUCUGCACUUCUACUUUAUCCAUAGGAAAAGAUCUCAAAACCCCCACUUUUUACUUCUAUACGUCCGGUGCUUCUACCCUAGCUGCCUUUCUUCAGUUCCCAAAGCUUGAUAAAGAAAUCACAGGAAGCUUCAAAGAUCUCCCUGAUACGGUCUUCUAUUUCCAGGGCGUGCCACCGUUGAAAGCCGUACACAUGCCUGAACCCUUACUUGACAGAGAAGAUCCAGCUUAUCAUGAUCUUAUAUGCUUCUGUUCAGGUCUUCUACAAUCGGAUGGAAUUAUUGUUAACAGUUUUGAAGAUCUUGAACCGAUUUCCAUCAAGGCUAUUGCUGAUGGUUUAUGCCUUGAUGAUGCUCCAACUCCACCAACUUUCUACAUCGGACCAUUGAUUGCAGCAGUUUGUAGCAAAGCUGAAAACGACUACUGUUUAUUAUGGCUGGAGAAGCAACCCAGUAAAAGCGUCGUGUUCUUGUGCUUUGGGAGCCGUGGAACGUUCUCUCCACCCCAAGUUAAAGAAAUAGCAAAGGGGUUGGAAAGAAGUGCACAAAGGUUCUUGUGGGUUGUAAAAAAUCCACCCGACAAGGAAAAGGCAAAGCAAGCUGAAGAUAGCCCCGAUGUCGAUUUAGACUAUCUUUUGCCAGAGGGGUUUAUGGAGAGAACCAAAGAUAGGGGUCUGGUUGUGAAGUCAUUUGCACCACAAGUUGCAGUGCUGAACAAGGACUCAGUUGGUGGCUUUGUGACUCACUGUGGGUGGAACUCCAUAUUGGAAGCAGUGGUCGCCGGGGUGCCAAUGAUUGCAUGGCCUUUAUAUGCAGAGCAACGCUUGAAUCGGAACAUUUUGGUUCAGGAUAUGAAGAUGGCAAUUCCGGUGGAGCAAAGAGAGGGAGAUGGGUUUGUGAGUGGAAUUGAGUUGGAGAAGCGAGUGAGAGAGUUGAUGGAAUCCAAUAAUGGCAAGGAGCUUAGAGAAAGGAGCUGGAAGAUGAGAGAGAAGGCCUUGGCUGCUUGGGGUCCAUCAGGGUCUUCCGCUAAAGCGCUUACCAAGCUGAUUGAGUUCUGCAAGCAAGGUUGAGGCUUUGAGCACCUCAUAAUUCCAUGGUUAAUUUAUUGUUCUGUAAAAGAUGGAUGAUACAAUAAUGGUGUGGGUUUUUCAGUGAGGAUUGCAAAUCUCAAUUUGAUUUCUCCCCCUUUACCUUUACUUCAAUUUCGGCUUUGGCGCUACUAUUCCCUUCGGGAUGUGUUUGUUUUUUAUGGUUGUUUUUUUUUUUUUGGUGGGCUGUGGGCAUUUUGUUGGUGAUAAUUGGUAACUUCGGUCUUUUGGUUGAGGACAAAAGAAUUUUUUGGGGGGUUGAACUGGUCUGUGGCGAUUCUGGUCGGGUUUCGGUAGGGUGGUUGUUUUUUCGUAGGUGAUUGGUGUCAGAGAGGUGGCGAAGGGUGGUGCUGGUAGAGGCAGUGCGAGUUUUUGAUCGAACCUUUGCUGGGAUUCACUCGAAAUUCUCCCUUUCACCGGUGGCAGUGGGUUCAAAUUUAUAGAAAAACUUAGAGAUUAAAAUCCCGGAUUUCCUGGGACUAUGGCUUGCAUGCACCUUUGAAUUUUCCAAUUCCACUUUAGAUCGAGGUCCUUAUAGGGAUGGGUAAACUGCCAUUACAAAAAAGGUUGGAUUCCUGGGAAAGGGAGGUUGUAGGGGCGUAUGGUAGGUUGGCUCCAUAGUGGGUAGAAGAGACUAGCAGCUGACAUGGGGUGGCUGGUAGGGCGGAUUUACAGGGUAGAUGGGGGCUAGGCCGGUGGAGGCUCGUCGUUGCCAAUUAAUUUUUUUUAUUUUUGAUUUGAUUUUUUUAAUUAAAUUUUCUAGAUUAAAACUUGAAACAAGUUUGGGCUUUAUACUUGAAACCAGUUAAAACCCAACUGAUUUGAACUUUAAGAUCUUAAGCGCCAACGACUCAUGCAAAUUGCAAUGGACUUUGGACUAAA